GACCUGAGGUUCAAAAUGGGACUGGAUGAUCCCAGCUCCUAUUGCUUUCUGUACCAAGAAAUAUGCUUUACAAUUUCCUGUAUUUUUUAGAGCAUGUUUUCCUCUUAGAUAAAUAUAAGAACAUAUAAAACAACGAGCAUUCAUAUGUAACCUGGCCUGCAGCAUUAGGGCCUUCCCAAUGAGAUGCUGCUGGAAUCUGCUGUCCCAAGAAUAACUGCAGGGAAGACAAAAAUGCUUUAAGAUGAAUAUCAAUUUCAGAACACAGGCUGAUCCUCUGCUGAGCCCAAAGAAAGAAUCUAAAAAGUCAUGGCCCAAUGAAGGGAACGUUAACUUCAGACGCAAGAGCGCUCAAUGGCGAACAGUGUGCAACCUUAAAGGAUCAAAGGAUGAAUCUUCAAGUGUUAUGAGGGAUUUGGACCAUAUUUCAGGACGCUCCAUAAUGCCAAGGAUAGAACAGGGUCCAAGUCAGAUGUGCACUAGAAUAUCUGGGGGCCAUUCUUUGCCUGGCGGCACAACAAUAAAUUUGCAGUCUCUCACAAGCAAAAGGCAUAGUUCCCCACUGCCAAUUUCAUAUGAUAUGAAAGAAGACUUUGGCCUGUUCACAAACAAAACAUGGAACACGUCCGUUUUGAAGAAAAAGAUUUGUGAUCAGAAAGAUCUUCUGAGAAAAUCUAUUCCAGAACAUCCACCCAUAUCCGAUGUCCGUGCCAUUCCACCUACCUUGGCCUUCCAUUACAGACCUGUAAUCACGGAUAAAACGACUUAUACCUCAACCUACCUGGAUCAUGAAAUAAAAAUGCUGGAAAAGCUUGGUGAUAUUUUACAGACAGACUCAAUUGGAGAGAUAAAGGACUGGGUGUCAAAGGCAAAUCUGAACGAGAAGGAGUACGUAUCAAAUUUCAUACGCUCUGAUAUCACCACCCGAGAUUUAUUAAAUUUUCCUCCGAGAUGUGGGCAGAGUGGAAGUGAAGCAGCACAUCUAAACUUGCAGGCUAUGCUGAAAGGUUCGAAAGUCAUAAAAUCAUCAGAAGAAAAACUGUUGAGGAAUAAAAGCCAAAGAUCAAUAGCCGGCAUGGAGAAAACAUCAGAUAGGGAAAGCGAUAAUUUGUUCACCGGAAGAGAGAAAAUCAGAAUCCCAACUUCUGACUCAUCGUCCUUAGAGCAUUCCCCCAGUAGUCCCAAAAAAGAGGAAAGAAGGCACACCUCGCCAGCAAUACCACAAGAUAGUGGCCAACUGAUCUACAAAAGGUACCUCUCUAGGCUGCAAAAACCUGUCAGAGGAGAAAAUAUUCCUUCUAAGAAGCUGUGAAGGUGACCUGUUGGAAGAUGCAUGGUAAAUCCUACAGUACUUGGUCAGUCUCCCAAGUGUCCUUUAGAAAAGCAGUCGUGUCCUCCACAUUUAGAUCUGUGGAGUGGUUAUACAUAAGCACAAUAAAUAAAUUUCAAACCUUCUUGAAUAUUAGUAUACUGAAAUGUUAAAUUAAAUACUAAAUAAAUUAUUUUUGUUCCUCU